AUGUUACGGGUUUAUCCCAUUGUGUUUGCUGGGAUUUUAUUGUCGCUGCUUUCGACGUUGGCCGCUCUAAAUCUGCAAGGUUUUACGGGUCAUGAAUUAAGUCCUUAUGCUGGUACAGUGCUCCCGUCAGAUCGCGUUGAAGCAUCGUCUCCCAUAAUACAGGGAACGUGCUACUCCCCAUUUCAUAAUGCCGAAUAUCCACUAAAUGGAGGCAGUGCCGUGGGACUGGAUUUGGCCAUGGACACCGACUUUAGCAUCAUGAAAAAGUAUGUCACAGUUGUACGUACCUAUUACUCCAGCUACUACGGUUAUUCAGUCGCGUCUCAUGCUGCGAGACAUGGAAUUCAGCUUUAUCUCGGUGUUUUCAUGACCGAUGAGAGUUGGUAUGGCGAUCAAGUGAGCGCAGCGAUUGCUGCUGUGAAAAAUUAUCCCGAAUCAAUUAAGGCCAUCUUGGUUGGCAAUGAAAAUAUCUAUCCUGCUGGACCUUACUCCCCUGACGAGGUCUUGCGUCGCAUCAGUACUCUUCGUGCACAAAUUUUGAGCGAGACAGGGCGUAUAGUGAAUAUUGGAACAGUGCAGCGACAUAAUGAGUGGACGGCAUCCAGCUCUCGCUCCGCUAUUCUGGCACUUGCAAACGGUUGUGAUAUUCUGGGUGUGAACAUAUAUCCCUUUUUUGAUGCCUCAUACACAGCCCGGGAACCACUAGCGAUGCUCAAUGGCGCCUGGAACAAUAUGUUAACAAUUUUUCCGUCGGAUAAAGUACGCCUUACAGAAAUUGGGUUUCCCACUGCUGGAUCAUCACCGUCAUUUGCACCGAAUAAUGUGCCAAGCGUCUCUAAUGCUUUCGCCUUCUACAGUGCAUUUUUGAAGUGGAGUCCGGUUAGUGGUGGCCAAGAAGUUUUUUGGUUCAUGUUCUUCGAUCGUCGACCUGAUGACAAUACCAUGGAGAUUGAGCUGGAAAAAUACUUUGGUUUCUACACCUGGAACAGACUGAUAAAGUUAUCCAAUUACCCAAGGGCGAUUUUGAACCCAACGUUACCUCCGACAUCAGUACCUACUUCAGCAGCACCUUCAACUUCAAUAUCAUCCACCUCGUUAAUAUACACAGCGCAGGUUUGUCGCGUUCACAAGGUGUAUUCCUUUGUAGAUUAG